AUGUACGCAGUCAGCUCGUCCAGAAUACCCCGCCAAGCUAGGAGGGCUGGUAUCAGACCAAGAGCAUGGCAAUAAGAUGAAGCAUUCCCGUGGGACGCGGCGUGGAAGCAGCGUGAGGACAAUCAUAGUGUUGGCCUACAACUGGCGCCUGUUUGAUGGCGAAUUUUGGCGCUGCUUGGAAGAGCAUAAAGCGGUGAAUGCGUUGGGGCGGUAAUGCAUUGGGGCGUUGAAUGUCCAUCACCAAGGCCAGGAAGGUGAAGAUGGUUUCGCAGGUCAGGGGCGCGGAGAAGAAGCGGGCCUUGAGGAGAGCAGCGGUCCAGACUGUGAGCACCAACAGUGCUCGAUAUGUCUUUGGUGACGAAUGCCGAGUGUUUGCCAAGCCACUCUGCAAAGGAUGAAGUGAUUAGAUGGCUUGGGAUGGACAGGAGGUGGUUGGAU